AUGUCUGUUCGAAUUAGGGAUGCACCAAUUCCAAGUCCAACCAAUCCAAUUCCAAUUCUUGGCUUGGAAUUAGUCGGUAUUGAUUCAAAUUGGAAUUGGAAUUGGAAUUGGUUUAGAAUUGGUCUGAAACAGUAUUCAUACAUUGGAAAUGAAUUUAUUCCAAUUCCAACCAACUCCGACCAAUUCCAAUUCCAACCAACUCCGACCAAUUCCAAUUCCAACCAAAUCCGACCAAUUCCAAUUCCAACCAACUCCGACGAAUUCCAAGAAUUGAAUAGACUCGAAUUGGAAUUGGUGCAUCCCUAG